AUGAAUAUUUUGCCCUGGACGGCAAAGCAAGCAGCAAAUCAUCAUCUCUGGCGGAAUGCUGUUGGCUGGCGGAAGCUCAACUGGGCGCCAGAUCUGACGGACGGGCAUUCUGGCCAUGGGGUUGGUUGGUUGGGCUUGCGAGUGGCGCUGAUUCGACUUGGUUUCCCGGGCAGCCCUGCCAAAGUAUUCGCAUUUUGUAUCCUGUCUAGAAUUCCUGUCUCCUCUUUUUUAAGUGUCCAAUUGCGUCCCCAGCAUCACCGCGACCUUGUUGCUGCUGUUACUUGGCUCUAUUCCCGCGACCCCGAACGCAAUGCUGAUGGCUGUCUCCGAUCGCAGAUUUCCAUGCCGCCUCCUGCCAACCUGCAGCGCCCCUCCAACCGUGGGGGAGGCACCAGAAUAUCACCCACCAAGAAACCCCUCGACAUUGGAGUCCCCCUAGGCAUCUACGAUACCAAUUCCGUGCGAGCAAAGGUUCGCAAGUGGCAGCAGCAAGGAGGCGGGGUAAUCGCGGCCAAUGACGGGGUCUGCUACGACGACGAUGAAGAGAAUUCAACAGCCGAUUCCAAACCCAAGCCUGUGGACGAUAAGGCGUCCAGUAGCUCCAAUGGCUCCACAACGAGAGCGCCCACAACGAGGAUGCGAAGCAAGAGCACCCCCCGAAAACGAGUCAUCAGUGAUGAGCAUUGGAAGCUGAACCGAACCCCCACCCAGAAGACGCCCACUUCCAAGCUCCCUGCCCCGAAACGCAUCGCCGAGUAUACAACGAACGAUCCAUUAACUUCUCCACACGCAAGUGGGGGCGAAGGCGCUCGAGACGACAAGGUAUUACCCUCUCCCUCUCGGAACAAAGAAAGGGGAAGGGCUGCUGUGGCACCUGACCUCGCGACAAGAGAACGACGGAAGUCGAGAGCGUCCCGGGAUAUCGAUGCAAUACUGGAGGACAAGGUCGAUGGGGAGAAUGGGUCACAUAAUGGAUCUUUAAAGUCCACUUCGCGACCGGCAACCGGGGAUAAAGCCCAUGCAAGUGCACGGUCGGAACAGUCACAGAGUGCGAAGAAAAGGGAUGGUGCACUGGAUUACGAUUCUGAGUGGGCGACAAGUGAAGCCGAUUUCUCAGAACUCUCCAGGCGGCGUGCGCGAGGCCCAAACCACCCUGCACCCAAAAGCUCUGCAUCCAGAGGGCGGGGCACUGUGAAGCCACCUAAGGGCGGCAUUUUUUCCCAUAUGCUCGACGAGUCCAGGAAGAUGUUCGCCAAACCGGAGCCUCCGAAGCCCACUCCGAACCGGGGCGCGAAGAUAGAGGCAUGGCUUUCUGAGACUACUGAUCCAUUUAUUGACGAUAUGGAAUCCGACGUCGAGAUACCUGCACCAUUGAAUACCAGGACCGGCAAGAAAAAGGCACCCGCAAAACAAGAGGAAUCCCAGAAUCCUACUAGCGAUAUCGACCCUCCUCUCGAGAGCGACACGUCGAAGAAAGAUGCAGCGCAGCGGCGAGCGAGGAAGGAAGGCCCAACUGGAAGCGAAAGCAUAAAGCUACCGGAGGAGAAAGUAGAGCCCACAAAAAACACCAGUUCAACCAAGGACAAGGGGCUUCCGGAACAUGAGCCGAAGCAGCCGUCUCCAAACCUUGGGAAGCUUCCUAUCCGCGAACGACUUCAUGACGACAAGGACAAGGACAAGGACAAGGAUAAGAAUAAGGAUAAGGAUAAGGACAAGACAUCGGAGACGGAAACCCAGGUGCUCUCAGAGGGCUCCGAGGUAUCCGGAAAUAAUGCGCCGGUGCCGCUUGGACGUCGAAAGCCCUUUCCCACCACAGGAGCCCACUCUCUUUCCACAAUAGCAUCUGUCGAAUCGAUGAGCACGGGCACCGAUGCUCCAGUAUCAGGACAAGAUCCUGUAUCAGAAAAGCGAGAUGCAACUCCCACUCAGGAGAAGCUUGACGAAGAGGAGAAGAGGGACCAAUUCGAUCCCGACUCGCUCCCUGUAAUUUCUUCCCAGCUAAAGAGGCGCCUUACUACCCACGACGAUUUGAUAUCGGUCUUGUCUGCCCCAACUAGCAGGAGUAGAAGUCUCCGCUCUGCAAGGAGUUUGAAAGCGAAGAGUCGGGUCAUCACAGAGAAUAUUCCUGACCUUCUCAAGGAGCUGGCUGGUGACGAGGCAAAAUACAUGCGCGAGCUCAAGACUCUGGUUGGCGGUGUGAUACCUGUUCUCCUGACCUGCGUGCUAUCACGAUCCGACUCGGCGAUUGCAGCUGGCCUUUUUCGACCAUCUACUGAUCCUAAGGACGAGGUGAACUUCAGCAAGCCCAUUGUGGAUAUGGGUGUUGCCAUUGAGCGAUUGAAAACACUGCACAAGCGAAUUCCUCAAGAUGACGUGGAUGCUUUACUCAACUGGGCGAAUGGGGCUCAGAGAGUGUACCGUGAAUAUCUCAAAGCCUGGAGACUAGGAUUCAAAGACGUGAUUGUUAACCUUGCGCCCCUUGAAGAUGGCGAGGCGGGCGACAACACCGACACGAAGAGUUUGGACGAGGGUAUGGCACGGGAUGAAAACGGUGAUGUGGUGGACAGUGACGGGGAAAAGGUUGACGUUGCAUACCUCCUGAAGCGGCCCCUCGUGCGCCUGAAGUACCUAGCCAAAACGUUCAAAGGGAUCAAAACAAUCCAGCCAUCCAACAAGGCCGAGGAUGCGGCGGCGGUAUAUCAGAGUCUUGUCACGGAAGCCCGUCGCCGGGCACGCGAAGAAAGAGCCAGGCUCGAGGAUGAAUCUGCCGCCAGCGUCGACGCGACCCGCGCCAGAGACCCGGCGACCCUGGGGGCGCUCACUGGAGUCAAUGUCGACCGAAGUCGAAGGGUCCGGGCCCGUGAUUUCUUCAAUCUCUCGCUGUACCACACCAGUGGUCAGAUCAUUGAUUGCCGUGCAGAGUUCCUUCUCAGAGAUGGCACCGCAGGAAACAAAACCGGUGGGGACUUACUCAUCUGUGAGAUUGAUCAUACGGAUCGCUGGCUGCUAUUCCCUCCGAUCGAGCUUGGAUGUGUCUCAGCUCGGAAUGGCGACACGAAGGGUGAGAUCGUGGUCAUGCUACGAAGUGCCCCAGGGCAGACCAAAUCCUGGCAAGAACUGCUAGUGCUCCGCAUCGACGAAGAGGACAUCGGCUACGAAUGGGUUCAGAUGUUGGGCCUGACCCCUGUCCCACCGGCUAUUUGUCGAACUCAGAGCUUCAUCGACCGAGCAAAGCGGCAACGAGCAAAGACAAUCUCUUCGGCCAACGAGGCCUCGCAGGCCCAGAAGGCUCCGCCAAGCCCUUCUAAUAUCAAUGUUCCUAUCGGCGAGAAGCCCACUUCUCGUACAUUGCGGCGUUCCCUAACCCCUAGAGACCAUCUUUCGGACCCAAGUACUGUGGGAUCUUGGCUCUCCGAGUCACGCACUUCUCUACAAACUGCAGUAACCGCAGAGUCGGAUUAUGCUAUCGGGGAUGACUCACCAGUGAGGUCCCCACCUCCGCAACCAAUACUGCAUGCUAGGGAGCCCCGAAAGAGCUUCACGGCGGACGACAGACCAUCUCAUGGCCUCAAACGGUCAAAGGCAAAGAGAGUCACUCGCAAUGGCGAAAUCAUUCCUUCAAGUCCUAUCACACCAACGGAUCCCAGCAUGGACGAGGACCCCAGACGCUCUGAGGAGAAGAAGCCCAAGGCACUGCAUAAUCCCAAGACUCCUACGAAGAGUACUCCCGAGCCCAGCUCUCCCCGGGUGUCUUCCGUGCCGUCGAUGGACCUGCCUGUUAUCCCGAAACUAAGGAAGGGCAGCAGUCAGACAUACAUCUCAGACUCGUUAGCAUCCACAUCGGACGACGAGUAUGCCGCUAUGGAUGUUGAUAGUCUGCCGGAGACUCCUACCAAAACUAAGACCCAUUCACGCGAGCACUCGGGAUCAGACCAAACUAACGAGGACGAGCCACCGCCACCUCCACCACACUCUCGUUCACCAAGUUCUACUGGUUCCAGCCUUACGAACACUCCUGUCCUCAGUCCAAGUGGCGUGCGUACGAGACGCCGGGGCUCUUCGCCUUUGAAGCAUGAAUAUGAACCAUCCACAGCUUCGGAUUCUUACUCGGACUCCGAUACAUCAACGGUGCGCCAUUACGAAGUACACUCAGGAUCCGACUACUCGGAUACAGAUAGCUCGGAUGAGUCUGAAGAUGAGCCCGUAUCACAGCUAGCUGAAGCAAAGCAUCCUCCCAAGCCCAAGACUCCGGCUCCAGAAGCCAUGUCUACGAGCAGUUCUCUAUCACUGUCUAAUUCCGCAUCUCAGGGUGGAUAUAGAUCCGUUCCUUCACAACCAAGCAAGUCGUCCACUGUUGUUGCGUCAGUAUUUGCUUGGUCAGAAAAGGGUUCUUGGGAUAGCAUCUUCCCUGAUGACUGUAAGGUUAUGGUCAGCCCUGGGCUUAUUGAAGCAUAUGAUAUGGGAAAUGCACCAUCCGGGACUGAAGAGGACAGCAAAGCACGACCAUUGGUUGCGCUUGAACUCACUCCCCUGGUACCUAUUCGACGCGGUACAGCGAUUGACAUCAGUAUCCGCUCUCCUCCUACCAAACGAUCAAAGAUCAGUUGGAGCAACAACAUCAUGUUCCGCUCGAGGAAUGCCGACGAAUGCGAGAUCCUAUACGGCCUUAUCAAUCAAGCACGCAUCAACAACCCCACCUACAUAGCACUCCAGAACGCCCGAGGCCCUUACGCCGAGCAGCCGGUUCCCAUGGAGUCGCCAAACCGAAGUGGUGGUGGGUUGUUUGGCUGGCCACGCCGCAGGAGAAGCUACCGUGCAUCUAGCUCUCCGCAAUCGGUCACCGAUAACUCCGAGAGUAGCGUAGGGACCAUGAGCAGCGCAUUCUCUGCACUGAAGCGGUUUGGAGCGGGAAGCAAGAUGUUUAACAUUUCCCGCUCCUCAAUUGCUUCUCGCGACGGCCAGAAGGAGGACAGCUUGUACUCGAGUUCUGCCGGAUCGAACGCUUCUCCCACAUCCGGCAUCGGCCGCAUAGCAGCCGCCAUGAAGGGCGGCGACGGUAUCGGGCUGUCUAACGCGAAGAUUCGGCUUUACUUGCGCGAAACCCAAUCCAAGUGGCGUGAUAUGGGUGCCGCAAGGCUGACAAUCAUGCCUGCGUCUCCCGAACCUCGCUAUACUGGCACAGCUAGCGGACGUGGCGAUUCCGACAGCAUAGCAGAAGGAGUCGAUGGAAGUGCUCCGGGCUCUGGAGCUGCUUCCCCCCGCCGCGGUCCGGAGUUGGAGAAGCGAAUUGUUAUCCGAGGGAAGACUCGUGGCGAGGUCCUCCUCGAUGUCUGUCUUGGCGAGAGCUCGUUUGAGCGGGUGGCUCGAACCGGUAUCGCCGUGUCCGUCUGGGAGGAGAACGAAGGUGGAGCCAUGCCAAAGAAGGGCGGCGUUACCGUCGGAACCUCCAAGGUCUACAUGAUCCAGAUGAAGAGUGAAGCCGAAGCAGCAUACACCUUCGGGCUUGUCGGAAAGUCCAGAUAUUAA